AUGAACUGUGGCUCUAGCCCUGACAAGCUAGGGAAAAACGCACGAUACCAACGCCAGCCUAGGCAUAAAACAAGAGAAGAUCGGUAUGAGCCUAGAACAACAGCACGGAGGCCAAGGAAGACCCAUCGUCAGGUCAAAAGGCUCGCGUCUGACCGGAAACUCGGAAACACGGCCAUCAAAGAUAAUUUUAAGCCACCAAAUAUUUCGCAAACGCGCCUUACGCUCAACGCAACUGCUGGUGGUCUCUUUAGGCACGGUCGAGCUUCGUCGCCUGUCAUACGGAGCGAGCAACAAAGGAAUUCGCUACAUCAAAGUCAGCAAAAUACUAUAUCAAAAUACUUUUCACCUUCACGAUCGGCCAACCCCCAAUGUGCUACCCGUGCUCAUUUGGAAAAUCCCAGGGAUCUAGAGUUGGCAAAACCUACGGGAACUACAAGACGAUUACUUUCGAGAGUGGAUGCUGGACAUUCAGCCUCCCCCAGUUGCUCCAGUUGGAGCAAAGCAAGAUCUCACUACCCCAACCCCAGCAAGAAAAGAACCCUGUCUGAGAUUGAAGGUAGUGUUGCUGACAGUGGCCGGUCAACUACAUAUUAUACCUGGUCCAGAACAAACUCAAAACUUUCCUCCAGUGAUCCUAAAGGCUCCCAUCGAACGGAUCAUAUUUCUGAAAAGCCUAGCCGCCCUAUUAGUGCGGGUUCAUCCCAACUGGACUCAAGAGUACAAAAUAUGCUGUUUCAUAACGCAUAUAUUGCUGGUCCCUUAGAGCAGAGUGGAAAACGCGCUCAAAAGCCAUAUUCUUUGGAAGGCUUGCUUCAAAAGGCGGCAGAAACAUCCCCAUACUGCUCUCGUGACGACUUCGCCCCUUCAUUAAAGAAACUAGAUACUAAGAGACAGGGCAACUUGAGCCAAAAAUCUAACCGUCCUUGGCCAAGUGUGAAGGAUAUACCCCGUCCAGUAAUUUACGAUUGUCCACCUGGCUAUGAUUAUGAUACCAGUCAUCUUGCAAAAUCGCAUUCAGAAUAUUACCACACAGUCCGUGGAUUCUAUCCCCCAGGCCAUGAGACAUGGAAAGAUGUUAUCCCACGUUCUUUAAAUCAAGGCAGUCAGAGAUGGUUCCCAUGCCAAAGCUCCAGUCUAGCGUAUGACGCGGGACCCCAUACACCACAGAAGGGCCCUACAUCGGAAUUACCCAGUGAUACACCCUUAUUCAACCGUCAGUAUCGUCUUUAUGGCUCUCCACCCCCGUUUAAUUUAAUCAACUACCCUCGAUCUAAAUUAACAGACCUGGACGUCCAAUAUUCGAGAGUGGAAAGCCCGGAGCCACUGCAUCUGCUAGAUGACGAAGCCCAAACUUUGCGGACACCAUCUGAGCCUGAUGGAUACCUUCUAUAUACAUCUCCUUCCCGAGUGGUGACACCUUAUUUACAGUCCAAGGAGCAGGCCGCCCCCGGUGACCAAAACAUAGAAACUGAUCAGCAAAACGUCAGAUCGCCUUGUUUCUGGCGACCUAAUAAACUCUACUAA